UUUUGCUUUUUGCUGCCCUCUCACACCUUUGGUGUUACGAAACUUGCAAAGGGUGUUGUCCUGAAGGUCAACCUCGGAAGGUCUUCGUGUUCCAUGUCUUAUCAUCCGAGUGCCCGCAUUCGAACACCCCAACUGCACACUCCUCCGCUACUGUCCAACCGUACGUUUUGAGUUUAAGAUCCUCACACAGUACAGCCUCGGUUUCACUUCCUUUUGCUGUUACUGAUUGCUUUUCUCGCUCGUGACGCGUGAUGUCUGCAAUGCAUACUCUCCGAUGCUCGCAGAGCGCUCGGAUAGUCACGAGACAUGCUCAGCUUCCCUUACUCAGUCAUGCUCGUUUUCAGUCUACAGCAGCCGCGUCAACUACAUCGACCGAGGCCACCCCAGCUUCAGACCUUGACUCUAUAAUUGAGGUGAAGAAGGAGAUUAAGAUUCGCACCCCACAGUUCAACAAGCUUGUGGGGACAGAAAAUACACCGAACCCUAACUCGGUUCUUCUGGAUUUGAAGAAACUGGAUGGUGAGCUCGAUCGAUUGCAUGAGAGUUGGCGGAAAUUGCUCCCGACAACCAAGGGCCCGAUACGCGUUCGCACAGAAGUCCACAAUCUGCUCCCAGAAAAUGCCGUCGUUCUGGUUGAAAAUAAUAAGAUUGUUGUUGGGGGAAAGGCAAUCCCGAAUAUCUGGCUCAGAGACAAUUGUCAAUGUAGCAGCUGCAUGCACGAGUCGACGAAGCAGAGACUCCAAGAUACUUUUGCAAUUCCCAAGGAUCUGUCUCUCAACUCCGCUUCGAUCACCAAGAAAGAGAAGGUGCACGAAAGGGUUGUCGAUAUCGAGUGGAGUGACGGCCACAAGAGCAAGUACAGUCAACCGUUCCUAGCGAACGCGAUCACAAGCUUCGAAAGAAGGUCCGUCGUGCGCCAGGGGUUGAUGAAUUCAAAACUCUGGGACUCGUCCAUCGCAUCACACCCGCCCACUGGAACUUUCCACGAUGCAACAGACAACAGCAUAGGCCCAAUUCUCCAGAAGAUACGCAAAUACGGCUUCUGCUACGUCGACAAAACCCCCUUCGACACUCCCCAAGCAACCGAAGGCCUUCUGCAUCGCAUUGCUUUCAUCCGCGAAACGCACUACGGCGGCUUCUACGACUUCACCGCAGACCUCGCCUCCCAGGACACAGCAUACACCAACAUCGCCCUCGAAGCGCACACCGACAACACCUACUUCUCCGACCCCGCGGGCCUGCAAGCAUUCCACCUGCUCUCACACACCGAGGGCACAGGCGGCGCCUCCCUGCUCGUGGACGGCUUCAAAGUCGCCGACGAGCUCUUCCAGCAGGACAAAGAAGCAUACCGAAUCCUGAGCACGGUGAAUGUGCAUGCCCACGCCUCAGGCAACGAGGGUAUUAGUAUCCAGCCGUACCGCGGCUUCCCCGUGCUAGAACACGACCCCACGACCGGCGACCUGCUGCGCGUGCGCUGGAACUCGUCGGACCGCGCUUCGAUCGAGCUGCCCAUUGAGCUCGUCGAGACGUGGUACGAUGCUGCGCGCAAGUUCGAUGCGCUGCUCAAGAAGAAGGAGAACGAGUACUGGGAGCAACUGGUUCCUGGCAGGGUCCUGAUUUUUGAUAACUGGAGAGUGUUGCAUGGAAGGAGCAGCUUUACGGGGAAGAGGAGGAUUUGUGGGGGGUAUAUCAAUAGGGACGACUGGAUGAGUCGGGUUAAGAUGGAGCGGUUUGGGCAGGAGAGGGUUUUGGGAAGUUUGGCGAGUUCGUAAGGAGUGGGGUUGAGAGCACGGUGGUGGGGGAGGGGUUAUUGAGACGCAAGCAAAGAAGUGAACCAAAGAAAUCAUGCU